AUUGUGCAGCCCAAACCGCACACAGAGGUCCACUUGCAGAAGGAAGGGGUUUCGCAACUCCUGACAAUUCGUAGCCCGCGAAACGUCGGUGUUGAGACGCGGAACAACAUGAUGUCCAGCCGACUGGAUGUUCUGUCUAGGCAGAUGUGCGGUAUGCAGCUCUCCCCCACGGCCGGUGAAGAGGAGCAGCGGCCCGCGCCGGCCGGUGGUCGCGGAACGCUGACAGUUGUCGACAACCGCACUGGCAAGAAGUACACGCUCGAGAUCUCCGAUGGCGGCACCAUCAACGCCCAGGCGCUAAAGCAGAUUAAGGCCGGUGGAGACGGCGUGGGCCUGCGCACCUACGACCCUGGGUACACAAACACCACCGCCGUCAUCUCGCGCAUCUCCUUCAUCGAUGGCGACAAGGGUAUUCUGCGCUACCGUGGCUACCCCAUUGAGGAGCUGGCUGCGCGAUCAAACAUGAUGGAGGUGGCGUACCUGGUUCUCUAUGGCAGCCUGCCCACGCAGUCGCAGCUGUCGGUGUUCCACGAGGCUGUGAUGCGGCACACGGCGCUUCCGACGGAGGUGAUUGAUGUGAUUCACGCCAUGCCGCACGACUCGCACCCAAUGGGCGUGCUCAUGACCGGCAUCUGCGCGCUGUCCGCCAUGCACCCAGAGGCGAACCCGGCUCUGGCGGGCCAGGGUGUGUACAAGACGCGCGAGAUGCAGGACAAGCAGAUCGUGCGGCUGCUGGGCAAGAUCCCCACCAUCGCCGCCAUGGCCUACCACAAAAGCACGGGUCGCAAGGCCGCGCCGCCCAACCAGCGGCUGGACUACACGGAGAACUUCCUCUACAUGCUGGACGGCGGCUACAACCCGCAGUACCGGCCCAACCCGCGCCUGGCGCGCGCGCUGGACAUUAUGUUCCUCCUGCACGCGGAGCACGAGAUGAACUGCUCCACGGCCGCCGUGCGCCACCUGGCCUCGUCGGGCGUGGACGUGUACACGGCGGUGGCGGGUGCGGUGGGCGCGCUGUACGGCCCGCUGCACGGCGGAGCCAACGAGGCGGUGCUGCGCAUGCUGGCGCGCAUUGGCUCGGUUGAGAACAUCCCGGCCUUCAUCGCGGGCGUCAAGAACAAGAAGGAGAAGCUGUUUGGCUUUGGCCACCGAGUGUAUCGCAACUUCGACCCGCGCGCCAAGAUCAUUAAGGACGUGGCGGAGAACGAGGUGUUCCCGCUGGUGGGCGUGGACCCGCUCAUCGAGAUCGCCAAGGCGCUGCAGGACGCGGCCCUGUCUGACGAGUACUUUGUGAGCCGCAAGCUGUACCCCAACGUGGACUUCUACAGCGGCCUGGUCUACCGCGCGCUGGGCUUCCCGCCGCAGUUCUUCACCGUGCUGUUCGCCAUCCCACGCAUUGUGGGCUACUGCGCGCACUGGCGCGAGUCGCUGACGGACCCGGACACCAAGAUCAUCCGGCCGCAGCAGGACUACAAGGGCGUGUGGCUGCGGCACUACUCGGACGUGGUCGUGCGCACCGCCGAGGGUGCGGACACGCUCUCGAAGCUGCCGCCCUCGAACGCCUACAACCGUCGGGUUGCCGGUGAGAACUGGAUGUAAAGCUGCAGGCGGAGGUGGUGGACGCAGCAGCUGGCACGCGCGCGCUUGGGAGCGGCGUGGAGCGGAGGCGCGCAGCAAGUCGUGGCGGGACGCGGCUAUGGCGGCAGGCGCACCAGCACGGGGGCAGUAGCAGCUUAGCGGCGGGAUUUGCGGACGCUGGUGAUGAGCGGAAAGCGUGAUGUGGUAAGCAAGGUCGGAAUAAUUGCGACGGUGACCUCCAUGCACAGGGUGUGUCAUCGGAGCACUCGGUGUGCACGGGCGGCCCUCGGCUCCGUGCAAGAAGUCCAUACUAGUUCUUGUCGGACUUGGUUUGAGGGAUGCCGGCAACAUAUUCACAUAACAGCAUGGUGGCGCCUUCGGUGCUGCUCUUGCCGCGCUGUGGAGGCGGUGUUGGCAAUGCGAUGUUAUUUGUAGGCAGGUGCAAUGGAUCACCAGCAGCAGUAUGGUGAUGACCGCAAUACCCAGAAGUGGCAGGGCGGUGACAUCAUGAAUGCCUGGUUUGCGCACGGUGGAGGGAAUGUGUUGUUUGUUAAGCGACGUGGCCUUAUCGUGCGGUGCUGCGACAGCAGCGUUGUUUGGACUGUUUUGGGAGGGGCUCAGGCUCCCAGAGUGUGCAUUGGACCCAGCCUGUCCACCAAGUCGUGUGUCGAUUGUCCGGUGGCGUGCGUGCGUGUUUGUGAUGUCUCGGAGGCACCAUGUGUAUGUGAUUCUUUUGUGGAGGAGCGUUAGCCGUUAGGAUGGCAUGUGACUGGGCGCCUGCAAAUGCGUGCGCGCGGCCUCAGGAUGGAAGCUGGUAUGGUUCGCACGGGCAGCACGAGUAGCGAGCAAACUUGACUUCACCGGCUCAGGGCUGCUGUGGUGUAGGCAGGGGCUGAGCGCUACAGUGAGUGCGUUCGGCUGUAAGGCUGUUUGCCGCUGUUUGCCUCCGUGGGGGUACAUUGCUGUGCUCUGGGGAGGAAAUCGCAGAGGGGGGGAUUGAGGGCCUCCCUAGCGGGUACGUGUCGGUUUCAACCGGGCACGGCAGCACGCUCGAGGUCCGAGGAGCGGUUACACCAUGCUGGCAUUGAGCAGAGUAGGAACAGGCAAACAUUUGCCAACUGGAGCGAAGCUCGCGCUGGCUACUCGAGUGCUGAGCCCUCAGUCGAGUCCAACCUUAGGCAUAACCUCGCUCUUGCCGCAUUGAAGCCAGCGAUAUAAGCCACGGGUAUCAUUGUACUCCGUCAUUGCUAUUUCUGCUGCAUACCAGUGUCACUGCGAGCUGCGAACAACGGAAAUGCGGGUCAGUCUUCUU